GGUCUAUCGAGACGCAGGGCAUUCUGACGCAGAGAUCGAUUGAUACAAAAAUGUCGCUAUCGUGCUAUUUGUCUUGACGGAUCUCGCUUUAAGGGAAAAUGGCUAGCAAUACAGCCUGGGUGCUUUCAACCGCUCUCCAGGGCCUCUCUCAGCCAGGCGGCACAGGCGGCAAGGAUUUCCUUCCCGCCGCACGGUUUGCUGGAGCGAAACCUGGAUACAUCUUCAAAGUUGAUGAGCAUGGCCUUGGGUACUAUCUUGACAAGGCACAGGCGGGCGAGCGCGCCGGCGAGGAUGGGGGGGCGCGGGAGGGUGGCGGCACUGGUGAGGAGCGCGCCGCCCCGCGGCCACUGGACGCGGAUGAACUGCUGCGGCAGGCUGAGGAGGAGGCAAAUAUAGACCAGAUCCAAGUCCUGGACGCUAAGUCGCUGAGGCGCCUGGUGGCGGGCCUGGACAAGAAGUACAAGGAGAACAUGGCUCUCCGCUUCAAGCACGUGGAGCAGCCGGACAAGUUCCUGGACAGCGAGGUGGACUUGGACGAGCACAUCAAGAGCCUUAUGCAGGUGGCCGGUAGCCCGGAGCUCUACCCGGUGCUGCUGGACGGCCCCGCCAUCCCCACGCUGCUGUCGCUGCUGAGCCACGAGAACACCGACAUCGCCGCAGAUACCGUGGAGCUGCUGGCGGAGAUGACCGGGGCGGAUGCGGUGGAGGAGUUUGGCGAGGAGGCUCGGGGCCUGGUGGAGGCGCUGGUUGAGGCCAAUGCGCCGGAGUUGCUGGUGCAGCGGCUGCUGGGCUUCAAGGAGGCGGACAGCGACGAGGAGGCGCGCGCCGUGCACAACUGUCUGGCGGUGGUAGAGAACAUGGUGGAGAUCCAGCCCGAGCUCGGUGCCGUGUUUGUGGAGAAGACCAAGCUGCUGACCUGGCUGCUGCGUCGCCUGAAGCGGCGCGAGUUCGACACCAACAAACAGUACGCCAGUGAGAUCCUGGCCAUCCUUAUGCAGGGCUCCGUGUCCAACCAGGCCAAGCUGGGCUCCGAAAACGGCAUCGACCUGCUGCUGACGUGCGUCGCGCAGUACAAGAGCAAGGACCCGGCGCCGGGCGAGGAGGAGGAAUACAUGCAGAACUGCUUCGAUGUGCUGUGCGCUUGCCUCAUGCAGCCAGACCACAAGGCGGCGUUUGUGAAGGCGGAGGGUGUGGAGCUGAUGCACCUGAUGCUGCAGUCGCGUCGGCAGUGCCGCUACGGCGCCUUGAAGUGCCUUGACUUUGCCACCACCCGAUACGCACUGCCCGCCGAGAAGCUUGUGGACCUGGGCGGCCUCAAGCAGCUGUUUGGGCUGUUCAUGGGCAAGGCCAAGGUCAAAGGCCCGGCAGGCGAACACGACGUGGACUCGGAGGUGGAGGAGCGCUGUGUGUCGCUGGUGGCCAGCCUCAUGGCGCAGCUGCCAGCCACGGGGCGCGGGGCGGCCCGGCGCGAGCGGCUGCUGGCCAAGUUUGUGGAGGCCGAGUUCGAGAAGACCGACCGACUCAUGGAGCUGCUGUUCAGGUACCAGACCAGGGUGCGGGCCGAGGAGCGCCGCCUCAUGGCUGCGGUCGCGGAGGCGGAAGAGGAUGAGCAGGUGGACGAGGAAGAGCUGCUGCUGGCGCGGCUGGACGCGGGCCUGUUCACGCUGCAGCAGUGCUGCGUGGUGUUUGGGAACCUAUGGGCCACCGGUGACGUGGGGCUGCGCCGCCGCCUGCUGGGCGCGCUGCACCAGAAGGGCCAGACGCUGGCGCCUGUGCGGGAGGUGCUGUUGGAGUGCUACAACAGCAUUGGGACGGAGGGCGGGGCCGAGGAGGCGGCACGAGCACGUGCGCACGUGCGUGGACUGCUGGAGGCCCUGGGCGCGGAGCUGGAAGAAGAGGGCGGAGAUGAGGCGGGUGCCGCGGGGGCGGCGGACGUGCAACGCCAGGGUGGCGGUGCUGACAUGGACGUGGAGGAGCCCAGCAAGGACAAGCGGUCCGCCACGGCGCAGGGAACAACGAGUGGCCAGCCCGGGGAAGCUGCACGGCGAGACACUGAGCUCAUGCCGCCUCCAGGCGGCAAUAAACCCUUGGCAAAGGCGGACAAGGGCAAACGGGAGGAGCACCCGAGGGAGCAGGACAAGGACAGGUCGGACCGCGACAAGGAGCGUGACAGGGACCGCGAGCGCCGUGAGUCCUCGCGCCGGCAGCGGGAGACGGAGUUGGACGACCGUGAUCGGAAGGUUUCCAGUUCUGGCCGGGACAGGGACAGGGACAGAGACAGGGAUGGCACGCGGGAGAAGGAAGGAGCACGUGAGCGUGACCGAGACCGUGAGCGUGACAGGGACAGGGAUCGCGGGUCACGGAGAGAAGAGCGGGAGCGCCGGUAGCGAUGUAGGAUAUUAUGAACUGCGUAGGUUGGCAACCGUGGCCUUGUGUGCACCCGCGAGUCCGCCUUGGUGGCGCGACAGGGAAGUGGGUCGGUUGGUGGGAUGCUUGAACAGUGUGGCGUAUGGUGUUUCAACGCUGGUUGGACGGCUGUCAGCGGAUCACACAAGCAGCGUGAAGUGCAAGGGUGAAUGCUGUUGAGGCGCAUCCGGCGGGUUUUGCUUGAAACUGCUUAUUGUUAGUGGUGACCAGGACCCCGCCCUGAGCACUUCCCAUGCCAUAGCGAUACUUGGCUGCAGACAGACUGUGGAACGACCCUCGUUAUCUACUACCCUACAGCAACAAAAUGCACGCCAUACUUCAUGCAAAUGCGUUGGCCUUUGAUAUUGACCCAGACACGAACUGUGUGCUAAGCACACUUGGCGCAGCCGAGUAUAAGGAGCGUGGCGCCAGCCAUCUGCGUGGUGCCCCCAGACCUGCUGAAGGUGGCGGGGCUCGUGCGGAUGUGCUGUAGUAGGAUAGUCGGCAAAAGACACAUCUAGAUGCCCCAGGGCGCCGUCCGCAGGGUUAUAUACUUGUGUGUCGUAGAACUUCCGUGUUC